AUGCCGAUUCUAUCCAAGCGGGCGCUCUCUGGCCUGAGAAGCUACAAAUACGUUUCCGCUGGCUACACGCUCCUUGAUGACAUCCAUCAGCCAUUCUGGAAUUGGUUGGUUGAAAUUUUGCCAAGAUGGUUGGCUCCCAACCUGAUCACUCUGACUGGCGUGUUUGGCCUUGUCCUAGCAUACUUCGUCUCUCUUUACUACGUCCCCAGUUUUUCAGAAAUUGCCCCGAGGUGGGUGUACUUCCUGAACGGUGCAGCAGGACUGAUAUAUCUGCACUUGGAUUGCAUUGAUGGCAAGCAAGCGCGGCGCACCGGCAGCUCCUCCCCUCUGGGCCAGCUCUUUGACCAUGGCUGCGAUGCGCUGUCAGUGCACCUGGCAGUCACGUGCAUAGGCACGUCCAUCGGCGCGGGAUUCACAAAGUGGACGGUGCUGGGUGUGAUGUCCAUCAUGGGCCCCUGGCUGCUGGCACAUUGGGAGGAGUACCACUCCGGCGUCAUGCUCUACGGCAACGGCUACUGGGGAGUCACGGAGGCCAACUACCUCAUGGUCCUCCUGCACUUCUUCACUGCUGCCGUUGGCCCAGGUGUCUGGCAGGUGAACAUCAGCAAACUGCUGCAUGUGAGCUUGCCCUGGCCGCUGCAUGAUGGCCUGUUGAUCAAGCACGCUGUCCUCAUUGUUGUGGCCUGCUUUGCGGUGGAGCAGCUCAGCGGCCAGACCUGGCGCAUGUUCGUGACUGGUGUCUCCGGGAAGAUGCCAGCGGAUGAGCGUGGCGCCAAGCAGCUGGGCCGGGGACAUGCCGCCAGCCAUCUGUUCCAGCUGGCGCUGGUCCUUGUUCUUGGCACUCUGGUGAUGGCAGAGCCAUGGCCGACCACUGGCCAAUGGCGAGCCGUGUUUGGAGGAUUCGGCAUUGUGUAUGCGCUGCAGGCAACCAAGCUGAUCAUGGAUCACAUGUGCAAGGAGCCCUUUGAGAUCCUGUGGUGGCCUGUGUUGGCGCUGGUGCUGUUGCUGGCCAACAGCCGGGCGCAGCUGCUGGACUCAGCCAUCACCGCUUGGGGCUUUGCAGCGCUGAUGAUUGUUGGAUAUCUUCUGUACAUCACGUCUAUCAUCAAUGAGAUUUGCAGCUUCUUGGGCAUCCGCUGCCUCACAAUCAAGCCCUCAACUGCCUGAGUGCUGUAGCAAGGAAGUAUUGCCUCUGACUGUAGUUGUCAUUAGUGUUGAUGAGCAUAAGGAUAAGGAGAUCAGUAUUUGUUCCUGCUGAGGAGUCUUGGUAAUUACACUGCAUUAC